AUGUCUUUCCCCAUAGGUGCUGGAGAGACCAACCUCUUCGGUAUAAACGCAGACAGGACUCCUUUAACCCUAGACGAGUCGACUCGCACCCUCUAUAAGCGCGCCAUAUCCGACCCCUUCUCACUAACAGAUCAAGAACGCCGACUUGUCACUCAUCGCCCCCUACCAGAGGAGGAAAACACCCUGUGUCAAAAUGCCUGCGGGCUGUCCAUGGACGAGCUAAUCGCCAAAGCCAUCAACAGCAAUAAUAACGACAACAACAAUAAUGACCUUAGCCUCGGCCUGAGCAAUGAAGAGGCUAGGCUCCUAACGGCCGGCGUAGUCCAAGGACAAUCGGGCCGCAUCCUGUCCGAGGUGGCGCGCCUCAGUCCCGAAGAUCGGGAGCUCAAGGCUCGAGCUAUGGAGGCGGCGAGGACGGAGGAUGUCCGGGCUGCUAUAGAGGUGGCGCAGAGGGUUCGGCAGCGAUGGACAGCGGUGCAACUGGCGGCGGCGAAGGCGCUGAGCAAUGACGAUAUUAGGAAUAUUCAGGUUGCGAUGAAGGUUCCUUGGCAGGAGCACGUACUGCAAUCCAGUUCAACUUCAGCGGGCGAUUCUAGUUCAGGUGGUCAGAACCCCGGUGAAGCGGGGGCUCGCUUCGGUCUUGUGGCAUUCUACCAGAAAGAAGAAGAAGAAGGAGGAGGAGGAGGAGGAGGAGGAGGAGGAGGAGGAGGAGGAGUAGAUCGUCUUUCGGAGUAUAAAUCCCAGAUCGGAACGGCUAUUUACCAUGGAUUACACUAUUCAGUCUCGCUGAUCAAGGACGAGACGAGAAACCGGUUCACCUUGCACUGGGUGGUUGUUCCAGGUAGCCAUAAUAACGACUUGGACCCGAGUGCACUACGGACCAGAUUUAGUACAAUGCUCGCAAAUAAUGAGAUUCCAAUCGGCUUUCGACGCGACGCCUUCCUCUAUGUGGAUAAGGAGGCGUUCGACUCGCGUGAGACAGCAAGGCCGUAUCUCUGGUUAGCUGAGCCCGAAUCUAAGCCUGAAUAUGAGACUGGGACUACUACUGGAGCUCAACCUGGGGUUUUACCACCUCUUAAAGUCGAUAUUAAGCAUAUCGCCCCCACAUUGUUUGCGCGACUGGUCCAGCGCGAUCUCCAGGGCGAGGCGAGACGGAAGCCCUAUCGUUAUACGUCAGAGCUGAGCAGGUUGCAUGCGGCCACGGAUGCAACCAGGGAAGGAGAUGGGAUCUGGCCGCCACCUUCUCGACUCCAGUAG